UAGGUCUAGUCUUCAUUUAUGCAAAACCUCGCAUCGCCGAGGCUGGCAUUGUCGCGGAGAGCAACGUAUUCGGUCGUGCGAGUGUGUUUCUGUUCAUUCCUCCUCUCGUCGUCGAGAAGAGUGGGUGUGGUGACGUAACAGGUGCUCACGCUCCGCCAGUUUUUCCCAGCGCGAGCGACUCGACGCAUCUUCUCGCAGAAGCUCGUGUCAGCGUAGCAGACGAGGCGAGCCCCACCACUCGGCUCGGGCGCAGUUUCUCUCUGGCCAUCCGGGGGAGAGCCGGCCGCAGCAGGACGAAGCCGAGACAGCUCCAGCGGCCACCAGCCGGCAGCGCACCCUCUGGAGCAAAGACUUGGACGACAGCGCGCCUCCGCAGGUGGUUUGCCGACGGCGCAGCGGGAUCUCCGCGACGCUCCACCGAGCACCGCGAUACCGCGGGACAACGGGACCGCGCCAGUGAAGUGCAGUGGACCCCGGAUGGAGAGCCUUCCGCUGUUCUCCGUAACCGCUCCCAGGACCAGUAAUCACGCUCUUUCUUUCGCGAGUAGUUAGCGACCACCGCAUCUUCCCUAAGCAGCCGUGACUCUAAAGUAGCUAGUGACGAGCGCCUAUUAAACGCUGUAGUCUUCCGCGACCGCGCUGUGUUUUUCACUGCACUACCUCAAAAGGCCAGUUCUCCGAAAGUGUGACAAGUAUUAACUGAAGAGUGAAAGCUACUCCGCAGCUACUACUCUCUGCCUAGUGGUUAAUAAGUGAAUAUACUAUUGUUGAUAACUGCUACAACAGGAGCCAUUAGAAAUGGGCCUACACAAGCAGUACUUGCAAGUUGGUCGGUCAGCCAAGAACCGCCUCUUCGGUAUUCCUCCUUCUGGUAAAAGGACGCCAGCUAAUGGUGACACAGUCUCCCCGAUUCAGAUGCUUAUCUCCGAGCAGGGCAAGAUCAACCAUGGUCGGCUUGCCGUGAUCGUGGUGGGAGUCUUCACCUUGGUGCUGGGUAUCAUCCUGUCCACCAUCCCGUGGGCGGACUACAUCAUCCUGAAGCAUCUUCGGCUGUGGAAUGGAACCAUCAGUUACCACUACUGGCAGAAGCCAGGCGUUAUACGACUAACUAAGGUCUACGUAUUCAAUGUCACCAAUCCUGAUGGCUUUCUCAAUAACGGCGAGAAGCCAAUACUCGUCGAAGUGGGUCCUUUUGUCUACAGGGAGGACAUGGAGAAGGUGAACAUCAAGUUCCACGACAAUGGUACCGUUACCUACCAGCACAACAAGAUCCUGCAGUUCGUCCCGGAAAUCUCUGCUGACAAGAACCUCAAGCUGACUGUGCCCAACAUCCCUCUACUGACGCUGUCCUCGCACAUGAACAGCAUACCGCGGCUGGCGGCCAGGGCGCUCAACAUCGUGCUGCGCGUGUGGAAGCAGAAGCCGUUCGUGCACGUGACGGCGCAGGAGCUCAUGUUCGGCUACGACGACCCCUUCACCAAAAUCGCCAGCAAGGUCUUCCCGCGCGGCCAGCGGCCCAACGCCAAGAUGGGCCUACUGCUCACUCGGAACGGCACGCUGGACGAGGUGUCCACCAUCUACACGGGCCACACGACGAUGAAGGAGUUCGGGCUGAUCAACCGGCUGAACGGGCUGGACCACCUGCCGUACUGGCCCGAGGCGCCGUGCAACAGCAUCAGCGCCUCGGAGGGGUCGUUCUUCCCGCCGCGCUACUUCACCGGCGCCGACGUGGUGCACGUCUACGACAAGGACCUGUGCCGCGUGCUGCCGCUGCGCUUCACGCACAUGACCGCCAAGGACGGCAUCGAGGCGGGCUACUACGUCCCGCCCGACGACGUCUUCGAGGCGCCCGACAAGAAGCCCGACAACCGCUGCUUCUGUCCCGCCUCCGAUGGCUCCUGCCCGCCCCGAGGUCUGCAGAACAUCAGCCCCUGCCAGUAUUCCGCCCCAGUCUACCUGUCGUUUCCGCACUUCUACAAAGCUGACCCGUCUCUCCUUGAAGCCGUCGUGGGACUGAAACCUGAAAAGGAUAAACAUGAGACAUUUUUCAAGAUUCAGCCGAAACUGGGAGUACCAGUCGAAGGCGAAGUUCGAGUGCAGCUUAAUCUGAGGACAGAGCGUUCCAGCGCGUCAGUUGUCUCAAACUUCCCCUCUAUAACGUUUCCCAUCAUCUGGUUGGAAGAGGGGGUUGAAGAACUGACGCCUCCGAUUAAGCGGUGGAUCUUCUUGGCGACAACUGUGGCUGACAUAGCGGUACCCAUCCUGAACUACGGCUGCAUCGUAGCCGGCCUGGCAGUGUUAGCCUUCAUGUUCGUGCGCACAUACAAGAACGUCGUCUUCACGAAGGAGACCCUGGAAAGGGGCAAAAAGACUCUGCGCCGGGGCAGCAGUUUCAUCGUCAACGGCCAGCACCGGCUGCUCAUACUCCGGGACUCGUACACUCUGCUCAACAACAUCAGCACGGACCCCGACCCCGAAGCCGAAUCGUGAUUGGCCAGCCCAGAGACUGUGCCCCGCGCUGCGACCAAUCAGGCUCUGCCUGUGAGGUGGAAACCUCAUCCCUUUCACAUCAUCUCACUCCUGCACUGCUCACAAUACGGUGGGCAAGCGCAGGAAAAAGUGCGCAUAGAAAAGCAUUUCGGGACAGCCGAGAGACGGAAGUGAUGGACAUGUUACCGCCACUCGCAGAUUACAUUUGUUAUACUGAUAUGUUGUUCAUCUUAACCGAUCAGCCGAUCACCGCUGCUCGCUUUUCUCGGCGAGCUGAAAAACUACGUGUCUUUCUCCAGGAUAUGAGCGCCAGUGAAGAGUCAGCGAGAGUGAAAUUUCAAAUAAAAUUAAAUAUUUCGGUGAACAUGAAGCCUGUGGAGGGAAGUCAACGCGAAUAGUCUUGAAACUAAGCCAGUAAGCCAAACGUGGAGGAAAGCAGAACAAACAUCAUUAUUAUAUAUAUAUCUAUUCUUUUGCCAGUCUGUAUUAACAUAUUGAGCUGAAAUGGCUACUUCACCUAAAAUAUGAGAUUAUUGCCGAGAGAACGUUGGUACUCUUUGCUCAAAUAGUAAAGUAGGGACAUUCCGACAGAAGAAUAAUGUAUAAGACUAAUUUAAAGGAAAAGUAUGAAUAGGAAGUAAUUUUACUCAGAAACCAGAAAUGUUUUUCAUGAGAAAUUUGUUUUUACCAAUGGAAAAAGUCUCCCAAUCCAAAACUGUACUAAAAUUUUAUUCGGCAGAAGCACUGCAAAUCAUAUCAAGUAAAUAUUGCACAAUGCCACAGAAUUUGAAUUUAAAAAAAUCAUGUGUACUUUUUCUUCAUAUUCACAUAAGAGUUUUCAGGAAGCAUAUAAAUGAGACAAUGUGCACUAUUGCCAAAGUCAAUUAAGCCCGUUUCACAUAUAAAAAUUGAUAAUAGUGAACUAAAUUAGUAAACCUGAUGCAUCUAGAAAAAAAAGUGUUUGUUGCUUGAAGAAGUGUGUUCCGUGUUUUGAUACUGUUUUAAUAUUGCUCAGCAUUCAUAAUGUAAUUGUUUCUGUGAUUACUUUUAGUUAUGAAAUAUACACAUAUAUACCAAGUAAUACCCUAAUUAAGAGAUAUUUCAUUUAGUUUUAAAACACAGAGCAAUCUGUACCUUAUGUACCUGCACAACCAUCAGUGUUUUCGUGUAUGGCGUCCCAAAUGGAAUCUUUCGUUCAAAAAUUGACACACAAAGUUUAGCUUGAAUGUCUGUCUGCGCAGGACAGCACUUAAUUUGAUGCCGGCUGCAACAAUGUGUGCCCACGUAUGAACUGAAGUGGAAUUCGAAAAAGUCAAAAUACUUGUAUUUUAUAUUAUUUUCCUAAGAUAGUUUAAGCACUGAUGUCAGUGAAUACUAAAGUAGCCAAAUGUAUUGUACUCCAAUAAGACAUAAACGCAACCAGAA